AUGGACAUCCCAGAAGUGGCCAAACAAGCGAAACCAGCAAAAUCUCACCCAGUCGUGCAGAGAAUCAACGAGAUUGCCGAGGUCCUCAACAGAUACAGCACGAUGGCAAAGCUGUUAGUAGUAACAGCGACCAUCAACAGGGCCAUCGAUAGAUUCAGGAGGCCGCCAAUGCCCCCGGGAUCUAUCUUGACGAUCAGAGAACUCAACGAUGCGAGAUUAUUUUGGGUAAAAAUAACACAACACCAGUACUUUGUUUCAGAACUCAGGGUACUUCUCAGAAAUCAGCAGCUACCUCGAAAUCACCAGUUAGCGAAAUUCACCCCAACUCUGGACGAGGAGGGCAUCAUGAGACUUGGGGGACGCCUCAAGAACUCAGAACUCCAUCCAGAACAGAUCCACCCAAUAAUCUUGCCACGUCAGUCCAGAUUCACCACACUCGUCAUCGCAGAAGCUCACCAGAAGACCCUCCACGGAGGGACACAGCUCACCUUGGCCUACACUCGGCAACGCUAUUGGAUACUCGGUGGCAGGGGCACAGUUAGAGCCUACAUCCUACGCUGUGCUAUCUGCGCCAGACACCGAGCUAGACAGGCUCAGCAACAGAUGGGUCAAUUGCCCGCAACCAGAGUCUCACCAGCAAGAGCAUUUCUCCACACGGGGGUGGACUAUGCAGGUCCUUUCGCCAUCCUCAAGUGGAGACCCACGAAUGCUCAACCGGGAUCAGUGCACAUCGCAGUGUUCGUGUGCUUCACCACGUCAGCAGUUCACCUAGAGCUCGUCAACAGGCAAACCACAGAAGCCUUCCUCGGAGCUUACAAGAGAUUCACCGGAAGACGAGGUAUUCCAGCAGUCAUGUACAGUGACAACGCCACCACCUUCGUCGGAGCAGCAGAUCAACUCGAAAGGCUCUAUCACCAUCCAUCUAAAGAAAAUCAACUUGUUCAGGCUGCUCUCGCCACCAAUGGGACUCAGUGGAGCUUCUCACCACCUAGAGCACCCCAUUUUGGUGGCAAAUGGGAAGGAGCAGUAAAGUCAACAAAGCAUCACCUUAAGAGAGUCCUGAGGAACUCAACACAGUCUUAG